AUGGCAAAUCUACCGGCCCACGCCUCACCCAAACUCGCCCCGCAUUCGACCCCUCCAACCAGCCGACCAGAUGGCCUCUUCGCCGACGAUGCCAGUCAAUCAAGCAGCACAGCCGCCGGUGAACAGACACCGGUGCUACCGGACUCGCUGUUAUCGCCCGCAUUCACCCCGCCUGCAACCCCCGGUGGCACAUUAAACUUGGACUUGAAUCCUACACAAAUACUUCAUCACAAUCAAGCCGCAAACCUUCAACACCCAGGUGAACAUGCGAAAGCGCCGAAGCUCCUCCAACAACUUCCGAAGGUAGAAUGUAUCGUUCGGGCGCGAAUCCCGACAACCAACGGCGCCGAGAUGUUUCUACACCUCUACCUUAAUGAUAUGGAUAAUAAAGAGCACUUGGCCAUUGUAUUUGGAAACAAUAUCCGCAGCCGCAGUCUGGAUCGCGUACGGCCGGGGGAGACCGAGAUGGACCGCAUGAUCCGCGGCGCAUAUAUGGGCAAAUUGCACCCGGGUCGCGUGAGCAGUUGGGUUGAUGAUGAAAAGCCCGAGUCCCAAUCAACAAGUCAGAAUGUUGAGCCCCCACUGGUGCGCAUCCACUCAGAAUGCUAUACGGGUGAGACUGCAUGGUCGGCUCGCUGCGAUUGCGGUGAACAGCUGGACGAAGCCGCCCGACUUAUGUCGUUCCCUGUGGAAGACCUGGCGUCUGAUGCACCACCGGAGGCGCAAUCGCUGAAGUCGCAAUCUGCCGGAGGUGUCAUUAUUUACCUACGACAGGAGGGUCGAGGAAUUGGCCUCGGUGAGAAGUUGAAAGCUUAUAAUUUGCAGGACCUCGGAUCCGAUACCGUCGAGGCCAAUCUUCUCCUGAGACACCCGGCGGAUGCUCGGAGCUACGGCUUGGCGACAGCCAUGCUGACGGAUCUUGGCUGUGGAGCGGAUGUCAACCCGGAGGGUGUUCGCUUGCUCACCAACAAUCCGGAUAAAGUACGCGCCAUCGAAGGACCUAACCGCGAAGUACUGGUUAAAGAGAGGGUACCGAUGGUUCCCCUUGCUUGGCGGACUGGUGGAGAACGAGGAAUUAAAAGUUCAGAGAUCGAGGGCUAUUUGAGGACUAAGGUUCGUGCAUGCAUUAACGUUGCAGCCUUUUCCGCGCUAACAAAGCCAUGA